UAGACGGGGCACUUCCUGUGCCCAGGUGCUUGGGAUCUUGGCAGAAGGAAGAAGAUGGAGCCCGGCGCCGCGGCCCGCGCUUGGUCUCUCCUGUGGCUGCUGCUGCCCUUGCUUGGCCCGGCCUGCGCCAGCGGUCCUCGCACCUUAGUGCUGCUGGACAACCUCAACCUGCGGGAGACGCACUCGCUUUUCUUCCGAAGCCUGAAGGACAGGGCCUUUGAACUCACAUUCAAGACCGCAGAUGACCCGAGCCUGUCCCUCAUUAAGUACGGGGAGUUCCUCUACGACAAUCUCAUCAUCUUCUCCCCCUCGGUAGAAGAUUUCGGAGGCAACAUCAAUGUGGAGACUAUCAGCACCUUUAUCGACGGUGGAGGCAGUGUCCUGGUGGCUGCUAGCUCAGACAUUGGUGAUCCUCUUCGAGAGCUGGGCAGUGAGUGUGGGAUUGAAUUCGACGAGGAGAAAACGGCUGUCAUUGACCAUCACAACUACGACAUCUCAGACCUUGGCCAGCAUACGCUCAUUGUGGCUGACCCCGAGAACCUGUUGAAGGCCCCAACCAUUGUCGGGAGAUCAUCUCUGAACCCCAUCCUCUUUCGAGGGGUCGGGAUGGUGGCUGAUCCUGACAAUCCCUUGGUAUUGGACAUCCUGACGGGCUCCUCCACCUCUUACUCCUUCUUCCCGGAUAAACCUAUCACCCAGUACCCCCAUGCAGUGGGGAAGAACACCCUGCUCAUUGCCGGGCUCCAGGCCAGGAACAACGCGCGGGUCAUCUUCAGCGGCUCCCUGGACUUCUUCAGUGACGCCUUCUUCAACUCAGCAGUGCAGAAGGCCGCGCCUGGCUCCCAGAGGUACUCCCAGACGGGCAACUAUGAGUUAGCUGUGGCCCUGUCCCGCUGGGUGUUCAAGGAGGAAGGGGUCCUCCGCGUGGGGCCUGUGUCCCACCAUCGGGUGGGUGAGACAGCCCCACCCAAUGCCUACACUGUCACCGACCUUGUGGAGUACAGCAUCGUGAUCGAGCAGCUCUCAGAUGGCAGAUGGGUCCCCUUUGAUGGUGAUGACAUUCAGCUGGAGUUUGUCCGCAUCGAUCCUUUCGUGAGGACGUUCUUGAAGAAGAAAGGUGGCAAAUACAGCGUGCAGUUCAAGUUGCCAGACGUGUAUGGAGUGUUCCAGUUUAAAGUGGAUUACAACCGGCUAGGCUACACGCACUUGCACUCUUCCACUCAGGUGUCCGUGAGGCCCCUCCAGCACACGCAGUACGAGCGCUUCAUCCCCUCGGCCUAUCCCUACUACGCCAGCGCCUUCUCCAUGAUGCUGGGCCUGUUCAUCUUCAGCACGGUCUUCUUGCACAUGAAAGAGAAGGAGAAGUCUGACUGAGGGGCGGAGCCCUGGGACUCCCUAAGACACGCGGAUGGGAGUUGCGUAGAAUUGGGUCUUCCUGUAUGGUGGGUUUUUUUUUUUUUUUUUUUUUUUUUUUAAAGCCGUGUGACAGUGGCACAGCCUUACCUCAGGGGGAAAUGCAGCAUCGAGUACCAAGGGGUGGGGGUGGGGACUGAUUUUUAUGUGUGCUAAGUGGUAUUUUUCAUAUGUGGUCACUCUCAUUUCUAAGAUAAACAUUGCCCUCCAACUCUGUCUGGCCCGUGUGCUUUGCUGUGGUGGGGAUGCUGUUCAGUUGUGUUGCUGACCAAGGACUGCAUUUCCCUUAAGCAUGAAAUCCUAGAACUUCAAGGGAGAGGACAUGGUUAAUUAAACACACCAAGGUGUUUGACUUUCUAAUAGGA